GUCUACAAAGUGGUACAGACAGAGAAGUGCGCACCAAGGCAUCCAUCCAUCCAUCCACGGCAAAAGCCCCAAUCUCCGCUCCCCGCAGCAAACACAAACCAAAGACAGAAAGGCCCGAAGCGCAACAAAGACAAAGACCCGCAACGCAACGCAACGCAACGAUGGUGCGAAUGUCGGUACUGACCUUCGACCAGACCUUCGAAACGGCGAUCGCGGUUUCCGCGACGCUGAUCGUCCUGUCCGCGGCGUGGAUCAUCCGCGUCCUGAUCCAGAUCGAAAAGUCCAAGGCGGUCGCCCUGGCCUCCGUCCUGGAGGACGACGGAACCUCGGGAGACCUGGAAUUCGAGGAAUCGACGGCGGAAGCGGGGGCCAUCGAGAUGUCCCCCACCCGGACCAGCGGCCCCAAGGAGGASGACGCCGAGGCGGCKGGCGGGGCACCCYCGCCGCCGGCUUCCCCCGACGCAAAGCCGGUGAUCGCCAGGAAGGUCCGGCAGAGGCAGCGCCGCAUCACGUGGAUGUUCCUCAACGUCCAGCUCGCGAGCGUCGGGGUCCUCGUCCUGCUCACCUACCUGCUGCUGGUGGCCAGCAACGCCCCGGUCUUUCUGCGCAUGCUGGGCUCCAUCUGCGUCUUUGGCGUCUUUUUGCGCUACCAGAUCGGGGACGAGAUCCGUCGCCAGCGGGUCGACCGCAUCAUGCUCCUGCUCAGCCUCUUUCUGCUCAUUGCCAGCAUGCUCAGCACCCUCGUCUACAGCUUCAAGACCCUGUCGCAGGGAGAGAUCUACGAGGGACCCGCUCGCAUCGUGGGAUACGACCUGGAACAAUACAACAACACCARGCACGAUCCCACGACCCGRACGGACAUCGAGGUCAGCUGGGGCAAGGACUGGGGCUGUCCCAUGAGCGGCGGCAAGGUCUGCCAGGCAAAGAUCCAGGGGGCCCUGUGCCAGACACACCCCGACAAGGAACAGACCAAGCACAAGCCCCACUACGACAACACCCGGCGGCGACGCCGGAAGCAGCGAAGGCUCGAGGACGCCCAGAAGGAGGACAACGACAAGGAAAACGACAAUGACAACAAGGCCGACGACAAGGACAAGGCCGAGGAGAACGACAACGACCAGGAGGAGGCCGAAGAUAACCAAAAGGACGACGAGGACGAGGAAAUAGAGGAAGCACUCGAGGAGGACCUGGAGGACGAAGAAAAGUCCAACCAGGAGCUCCAGACCGARAACGAGAACCUGGCGGAACAAAACAAGGAACUCGAGAAAGAAAUCGAAGGUGAGUUUGCGUGCGUCUUGGCUGGUACYGGUUUGCAAAAGCGUUUGGCGGCAGUCUUUUCGGAAAUGAAAUCGGAAGCACCGUGCCUCACACUUGUCUCAAACGGUUGAUUGACUGACUGAUUCAUUUAUUCAUUCAUGGAUUCAUUUUUUCAUGGAUUCAUUCAUAUAUUCAUUGAUUGCCCUCCCAACAAAUUCCAGAACUCAAGGAAGAAAACGAGAUCGAGGACGAAGAAAACCAGUCUCUCGUGGACGARGAAAACUCGGAGAUGGACGAAAUGGCGGACGAGUACAACGAAGAUAUCAUGGUCGUGGAAGAGGAAAUGUACGAGGACGCCCAGGAUUACGAAGACGCCGAGUACAAAGAAGAWGAGGAAGCCCUGGAGGACAAGAUCGCGGCCGCAACCGACGACGACGUCAAGGACGACCUGAACGAAAAACUCGUUGAAGAGGAAAAAGAACAAGAAGAGUUGGACGAAGAAUACGAGGAGGUAAGCCCUUURUGUUGUUGGUGGCGGUGUUGGCUGCUGUUGGGUCGGGACAAGACGGGUGCAACGGUGUGGCCAACGGUCUGACCAAUGGUUUUAUUUUGUUUUGUUUUGUUUCCGUUUGAUGCAUGCUCCCUGCCAUUUYAGGACGAAGAACUCCUCGACGAAUAUGCGGACGAAUACGAAGAAGCUGCCGACGAGGAAUACGACGAGUUCCUAGACGAAGCGGACGAGACCGAUAACCUCGAAGCCGAAAAGGACGAGAAAAAAGAGGAAGCCGCAGAAACCGAGGCCGAGAUCAACGACAUGAAGUCGUCUUCAUCCUCCUCUUCGACCUCCUCCUCGUCAUCUUCAGGUACAGAUGGUAAGUGCAUCCCGUUGGGAAGACAAUCUUGAGGGCGGGGUGUUGUUUGCUAGCGAACGUUGCAGCUGACUCUUUGUAUUUGCCACUCGUUUUCCUGCUACCUAUAGAUGACGCAAACGAAAAAAUGGCGGAAGAGUUCUACGAAGAGGAGGAGGAAGCGAUCGAAGAAGAAUACGAAGAAGAAGWWUACGAAGAGGAGGAGGAAUGGUACUGGGACGAGUAUCCAGAAUACUACGACGACGAUUCUUACGAAGACGAUUAUUGGGUAAGCAUUUCUCUCGUUAGAAACACCAUGUAUAGGAGAUUGGCAUUGCAAUCUGUUUUAUCGAGAGCGGCUACGACGCGAGUUUAUCCUUUGCCUCAAUUUGUUUCGUUCCGUUCCGUUGCUUUGUCUUGCCUCCAGGAUUACGAUUGGGACAGCGUAUGGGGUGAUUACGCGUGCGAAGACUUGUUCGACUCGGACGUUGCGGGAAAAACGUACGACCUGAAUACGCCGGCCGGCGGCGACGACGAAUGGCCCUUUGUCAACAUCUACGGGAGCUGCAAAACCUGCGAGGCCUACAUUCUGGACUACUUUGCCGAAGAAGCCUUCGAAGAAACCCAGGAAUUCAAGCAGCAAGCAAUAGUCUACCUGGCGGGGGCCCUGGCGGGUUUUGUUUGGUCGCUCCUUUCCUACAUCAAGUACCGGGUCAUGCCGACGGCAGAGAACGAAAUUUCUCUCAUGGGAUUCGACGGAGGCGUCAUGGCAUGAGUUUUCUCCCAGCACCGUGUCCGGGUGUGACCGGUCGAAAUUCAAUUACAAGAUUACUG